AUGUCUUUUGCGACCAUCAUCCAGGAUCGGCGCAAAGCGCCUCCGACGGACAGAGAAGUAAUCGACCUAUGGUUACUGCCCCUUGAGCAGGAGGGUGACCUAGAUGCAGAGGAAGAAGUUGUGCAGCAGGGGUUCUCAGCGACAGUGAGAUUACUAUUCAAACCUACAGGUACCAGAUACGACCUUCUUUCCUUCAGAGGUAAAAUAUUUGAUAUCAAAAACCUUAGAGUAUACGAUCAAGAUGUGAACGGCGAUAGAAGCUAUGCCAAUAGCAAUUAUCACCAUGUCAUAAGGAACUGGAUGCAAGCCCUCAAAGGCGAAGGUUCAACUCUAUCUGGAGCCGCUGGGCUCAGACGACCAGAUGGAGCAAUGGUUGCUCAUACUGUGUUUGACGGAUCUCAUUCUUCUGCUGUUCGACAGGCACUCCCUAUAGACCAGACUGCUGUAUCCAAUUCUUCUACCACCUCAUUACUCCGAAAAUUGCAUCUGAAACCUAACGAGACGCUCUACGCUACCACAUCUCUCGUCUGCGAGGUGAAACCUCAUGGUCAACCGAGUAUCAUUGGCCUCGCUCAGAUGCUUUCCUACCUCGUGGCAUCUUACGAGGUCUCAGGGACUUGGCUCGGGUUAUAUGUCAGGGGUAGAAACUUCCUUCGAGCAAUUCUCAUUGACAAAUCCUCAGUCUUGAUCGAAGUGGCGAAUGGAGAUAUCGCUGGUCAACAAUAUGAUGUGGAUCAAUUGUUCGCUUUACCAGAGAUCAAGUUAUUACCUAGCACAAUAGGAGACUUGCACAAAGUCGAUAGGGCCGGUAUAAACGAUCUUUGGCAAGUCCUCUCGCUGUCGUUGGAUAUUCUCGUUACUCAAUCACUGCAUUCUCGCCUAAUUCCCAUCAAACGGCCUGACCGUAGUGGAUUCACCGAAUUCUUACACGUCUGUUUGGACGAUAUCACCAAGCCUGAAGUCAUCACCAAAUUGGCUGCUCUCGCCCGAGGGUUCCACAAAACUCCUAAGUCUGAGACGAAUAAAGGAGAAUCUGGUGGCGGUGAUGGGGGAUCGGGUGGUCAAGGUGCUAGAGGAUCGGGAGGUCGAGGUGCCAGAAGCCCGGGUGGUCGAGGUGCUAGAAGAUCAGGUGGUCGAGGGACUAGAGGAUCGGGCGGUCGAGGUGCCAGAGGAUCGGCUGGUGGUGCUGUACCAUCUGAGGGACUCGCCAACGAGGAGUUGAGGAGCGAAAAUCGCAGUACGGACAGCGAAAUCGACGAUGAAUCUGUCGGUUCUGGACUAGGCGACGGAAUUUCGAAGGCUGUGGAGAUGCCAGGGGAGUACGAAGAUUCAGUCAAUGCGGUCUCUCCUUCAAACGCCAAUUCGCCUAUCGCCGAGUCUUCCUCAUCUACCCUUUUCGCUCAUGCGCAAAUCAGGUCUGAUUUUACGUCGAAGGUGCAAUCACUCAUGCUCGACGGGUUGUCGACACACGCGACCCUCUCCGACUACCAAGCGACUACCGUUCAUAUCGAAAGAUUGGACAAUGGAUUCUUCGAAGAUGAUCUACCUGACCAAGAACCUGAAAUCGAUAUGGCAGCGGACGAAGAUGAUGAAGACAAUGCGGCUCAAGGCGAAGGAUGGGCCAAGUUUCUCUUGGCUAGGGCGUAUCUGAGAAAAACUGGGGUCAGGUUCUUCACGGUCACGAGCCAAGUGAUGACGUCGCUGAUCAGCGAGGCUCAAGACUCGAUCCAUACAUCCCCGCAUCAGCCUGUUUAG